AUGCUGGCGUCCGCCUUCUCUAUGGGCUACGGCGAGUACGUCAGCUGCGGGGCCGAGCGGGACUACGUGCAGGCGGAGCGUAAGCGCGAGGAGGUAGAGGUUGAAGAAAAACCCGACUGCGAGAAGGGGGAAAUGUUUGAGAUUUACGUCGAACGGUACAACUUCACUCCCGAAGAUGCAGAGAAGCUGGUUGACCUGACCUUCCGCAACAAGGCCUUCUUUUUGCGACACAUGAUGGCGGAAGAGCUUGGGAUUCUAUUAACAGAAGACGAGCUAUCCCCUGCCAAGCGCGGUUGGCUGAUGUUCGGUAGCUUUUGCAUUUUGGGAUCGUUCCCUUUGCUAGGGUUUUUCGGCUUCUUCCUCGCCGAGGCGGGUUCAACGUUGUCGCACAUACUCGGUUUCACCUCAACGGCUGUCUUUUCGCUUUUUGGCACCAUGUGUCUGGGCUACUUCAAGGGAAGCUACAUGAGGCAGGGCAAGCUGUCGUCUGCGCUGAAGAUGACAUUCAACGGCGUUAUCGUGGGACUGAUAUCUUAUCUCUCCGGUUUGAUACUCAUGGUUCGUUUACGCCUCGCAGGAUAA